UGAAAGUUCAAUUUAUUAUCCAUGAUCAUCUGCGUCAAUGGCCAAUAAAAGCGGAAAUAGAUUAGACAGUCCCUCUGUCUCUGUGCUACGUUCGUCAAUUCCAACACCAAAGACUUGGACACAAAAAAACUCCAUUCUCAUCUAUUUCUUCUCUCUCUCUCUAUCUCUUUCUCUCUUUCCACUCUUCUAACCUAACCAUGUCGACCGGCAGCAAUGGCAAGCCUCACAUCCUAGUCUUCCCUUUCCCAGCACAAGGCCAUCUUCCCCCACUUCUCGAUCUAACCCACCAACUUUCCCUCAAAGACCUCACCAUUACCAUCUUAAUCACCCCCAAAAACCUCCCUUCUCUAACCCCACUACUUUCUCUUCAUCCAAACAUCCAAACCCUAAUCCUCCCUUUCCCUUCCCACCCAAAAGUACCUCCAGGAGUCGAAAACGUCAAGGACCUUGGAAACCACGGCACGGUUCCCGUAAUCUGCGCCAUGGCAAACCUCCAAGAACCCAUUAUCCAGUGGUUCGAGUCCCACCCUAACCCACCCGUUGCCAUCCUUUCAGAUUUCUUUCUCGGCUGGACUCUGCAAUUGGCCAAGAGAAUCAAAGUUCCCAGAUUCACUUUCUUCUCCUCCGGUGCUUUCCUUUCCUGUAUCCUCCACUACUGCUGGCGUAACCCAGGUACAUACCUCGGUCGGCCGGUCGUCGAUUUCCCUGAUCUGCCCAACUCGCCGUCGUUCAGGGAAGACAAUAUUCCUUCCACAUUCCGGCGAUACACUGAAUCCGAUCCCGAGAUGCAGAUCAUGAGGAAUGGCAUGAUCGCAAAUACUGAGAGUUCUGGUGUCGUUUUUAACAGCUUCGAUGCGUUGGAGGGCGUGUAUUUUCACCAUUUGAGGACGAGGAUCGGCCUCCCUCGGGUAUAUGGAGUCGGCCCGUUGAGCUUACUUGGUGUGGCGGCUCACAGUUCAAAUCGGGUCAACCCAAAUGAUAAUUCGGGUUUGGGUUCGGAAACUCUAGGUUGGCUCGAUGGGUGUCCGGCUGGCUCUGUGCUGUACGUUUGCUUUGGGAGUCAGAAGCUGUUAAACAGGCAACAAAUGGAGGCUUUGGCUUCCGGGUUGGAACAGAGCAGGACCCGGUUCGUUUGGGUCGUGAAAACGGGUACGGAGCAGCAAGUGAAGGACGGGUAUGGAGCUGUCCCGGAUGGGUUUGAAGAAAGGGUGGGUGGGAGAGGGUUGGUUAUAAGGACGUGGGCCCCACAGGUGCCGAUACUGAGUCACCGAGCGGUGGGUGUGUUUCUGAGUCACUGUGGAUGGAACUCGACCCUGGAAGGGAUAGUGGCUGGGGUGAUGAUACUGGCUUGGCCAAUGGAGGCUGACCAGUUUGUGGAUGCGAUGCUUUUAGUGGAGGACAUGGGUGUGGCAGUGAAGGUCUGUGAAGGUGCUGAUGGAGUUCCUGACUCGGCCGAGUUGGCAAAGGCAAUCGCUGAGUCAAUGAGUUUGGAUGCGCCACAGAAAGUGAAAGCUAAAGAACUGAAGGAAAAGGCUUUGGAAGCUGUGAAAGAAGGUGGGAGUUCAUUAAAGGAUUUGGAUAAGUUUGUUAAAGAGUUGGAGCAACUCAUCGUGACUUAGAAGAUGAAAAAUAAUGGCACUUAAUUUAAGUAGAUGAGAUAUAAAAAAUUUGGCAAUAAAAUAGUACUAUUUUGUUAAAGGAGAAAAGAUAAAGAAAAAGAGGUUCUUCCCUUCUCUAUCUUUGGUAAGAUGGAAAUAAAAUAUUCAUCAAAUAAUAAUAAAUAAAAAGAUGCGAAUAAAAUACUGUUUUUUUGUUCUUGAAAAAUAAAA